GCACUGUCAGUGUCAUUUACAAAUUGUUUGUAUACAUUGAACGGGUAAUAAUAUGCAAGUCAAUUCAUUUCUUAUUAUUUAAUGUUAUAAUAAUUCUGUUUUCAUAAAAUUGAAUAAUUUACAUACGUUCAAAGGAAUGGGUAAAUUGAGGCUUUCGUUUUCAUAUGACUAUUUUUUUCUAACUGGAGGGAUGUUGCUUAUGCUUAAUUUAACUACACAUUGAUCAAAGCAGAAACUCAGUGAAGCAUUGAACCGUAUAUUGCCAUGGCUGAUUUACACUUGGAUAUCCAGUUAUCACUAGAACUCAGAAUGGCAGAGUUCAAAUCUGACCCAGAAAAAAUGCAGGAAGUCAAUGCAUUUUUAGAUGAAUUAUUUAAAAAAGCAGUGAAAGAAGCAGGACAAAGAAAAGAGGUUGAAGAAAAGGCAAAAGCUGAAUCCUCCAAUUCACAUAAUGGAACCAAAAAAAUAGGUGCUUGGUCUAGUAGAGCUAGAACAUCAGCAAGAUCAUUUGCAUCAAGAUUGAUUACUACCAUUUGCAACUGCACAAAUUCAGUUCGUAAUGUAGUAAUCAACAAGAACUGAAAUUUUUAGAACUCAAUUUUUGUUUCAGUCCCCAAUGACUUUAAAAUGGAAACGCAAAUAUUGUAACAGAUUUAUUGAUGUUGUUUUAAUGAUUUUUGAUGUUAACUAAGUUUAAGUUGUUGAAAUUUUCUGUUGAUAUUUAUUCCUCGUUCCACAUUGGAAAUAUUGUUAAUAACUUUAUUCUUGACAGCUUUAUUUAUGACGUUCUUUCAGGAUAAUUUAUAACAGGAAAGUGUUAAUUUGGAUUGAUUAAUCUCAAAAGGGGAUCCAUGUUCCAAAUAAUUUUAUAAUAAUUAUUUUAUGAGGUUUAUAUAUUUAUAUUCAUUUAUAAGUUGGAGAAAUGACAUUCCAACAUCAUGAAAAUAUAUUUUUUCAUAUAAAUCUAUUUUUCAUGAAUAUUCUUGAUCAAUAUCUCUGAAGAUUGAAAUUAUUAAGCAGAUUUUGGCUAUAUUUUAUGAAAGUUCAUUGUACAUCAUUUUAUUUCAAGAUUCCAAGUAUUAAAUAUCACUCCGUAUUGAGUUGAAUUUUAAAUUUACAGAGAAAAAUUGGGGCACUGAAAAAUUUUUCAGAAGUCAAUAAUGCUACUUUGUGCAUUUAUUUA